CUCUGAUGUAUUUACAGUCUCUUUAAUAAGAUUGUUGGCAAAACCUCUGGGUUCAGACUUAUCUUCAUUUUCUUAUCAUGCGUACAUACUGUCACUGGUGUAAAAUUAGACAAUACUAUUUUCCUAACAGUUUAGCACCACUUUUCUUUGUCACUACAUACAUUCUCAGUGAUGUGUAUCAUAUUCUUUGGUUUAGUUCCAUAAUGGCAUCAAUGGUGAAGGCUGAUGUCCUUCUCUCAGUUUACGUCGUUUCCUUCCUGAUUGGUUUCCCUGCCAACCUCGUGGCUGUCUAUGUCUUCAGUAAGAAGAUCCACUCCAAGCCACGUUCAAUAGACAUCCUGCUGCUCAAUCUCACCGUCUCCGACCUGCUCUUCUUGAUCAUCCUUCCUUUCAAGAUGCACGAGGCAGCAUCUGGCAUGACGUGGACUCUGCCCAAGUUCAUAUGCUCCAUCAGCUCCUUCUUGUUUUUCUUCACAAUCUACACUAGUAUAUUGACACUGAUGGCAGUCAGUGUGGUGCGCUACACUGCAGUAGCAUUCCCCAUCACCUAUAAGCGGCUGCAAAAACCGGUGUAUGCGAUUAGUACCUGUGCUGUUAUUUGGCUAAUCGCAGGUGCACACUGCAGCAUCAUUUUAAUCUCCCUAUAUCACCCAUCCCUGUCCAACAAAAACUUCACUGUGUGCUAUAGAGAUUUCACAGAAAAACAGUUGGCGUUCCUCCUCCCGGCUCGCUUCGAGGUUUUCUUUGUGCUAAGCUUCAUACCCCUUCUAAUUUGUAUUUUUUGCUACUUGAACUGCAUCCUUAUUCUGUACCGACGACCUGGGAUAUCCCACAAGCAGAAGCAGAAGGCCAUUGGCAUGGCCAUGGGGACUCUCGCUGUGUUCCUUAUUUGUGUUAUACCAUUCAAUAUCUCUCAUUUAAUUGGCUUCUUCCAGGGUAAAAACCCAGACUGGAGGCACUACACCUUGCUGCUUAGCACUUUUAACACUUGUAUUGAUCCCAUCAUCUUCUACUUUUCUUCCUCCAGCUUCCGCUGCACAGGAAAAAAGUCCGUAUUCAGGAAACAUUAGUCUCCUACUGUGGAAAAGGCAGGGCAGAAUGUCCAGCUAAGAGUAAAAUGUAUCGUCAGUGGUGUAUCUGACACCUUUAAAAGCAUUUAAGCUGAUCUUGUUAUUAGACUGUGUCUUCCACCACAAACUAUUAUAUAACAGAACCACAAGACAUGUUAGGUACAUAUCGUUAGUGUAAUAGCAUAAUUGCAUUAAAGCAAUUAAAGCCAUUUUUUUGACUUAUUGAUACAAUAUUACAAUGUAUACAAUUGUAAUACAUUUGCUUUUUAUGUUUUCCAAAAAAAAUUAAAUAUGCCUUCUGCAAUUGUGUACAUACAUAUGCAUAUAUGAUAUACAUAUUUCCAAAUUUUGCAUUGAUAUACUGGGUAUUGUUUACUUUAAACGGGUCCAGCCAUUCUUCCACACUCAUGUAUUCUGUCAGCACACAUGUACAAUACAACUGCAAAACAAUACACCUCAGCUGUAAAUUGUGUUUAAUUACCAUGAAGAGCAUUUCUACACAACACAGACAGAUCAGGUGUAAGGUAAUGCCACCACAACAAACCACUGUACAGGAAAUGCAUGUAAUUCCUAAUGGUGUGUGUGUGUGUGUUGUUCUUACUGUAAAUGACUGUGUAAUUACUGUAAAUAAAUUGUCAGAAACAUGUUCACAUGACAGAAGUAUAUUUCAUUUUGCAACAGAUUCUCUUUACUACUAGUAAGACAUAAAACAUUUUAAAAUUUUAAAUUAUGUAUGAACAAACCUGGAAAGAAGGUUAAGAGCAGAGUCACCAAGCCCAGGUGACCAGAGUGUCACACACUAGUGCAACUACUUUAAUGGCAGCCAUGCUGACCUUUGUUUGUACAUAUGCAAAUUCAAAGUAUCAUGUCAUACUGGGUGAAUGUUGUUUAUGGAAUUUACUGCAUCCAUGACUCAUCUGAAACACGGAAUGUGAUACCAGUAUCAACUCAGUAGUUCAACCUCUCAAAGGUGGAGA